CUCUCCUCUUUUUAUUAACGGUCACAUUUCUCCUCGUUCCUUAAUUAACAAAACAUUCAGACACAACACAAAUUUAGAUUCUCUGUUCUGUUCUGUCUGUUUUUUCUUUUUUUCUUUCUUCUUUUUUUCCUCCACCGAUCACCGUGAAAUUAUGAUUGCCGCCGGAGCUAAAUCGUUUCUAGGGCUUUCGAUUAUUUCUCCAAAAGGGGUUUCUGAUAUCAAUUCAUUGAGUUGUUGUAAUUCAAGAUCUGUUCGUUCUUGUGUUUCUAUGGAUGGAUCUCAAACUUUGAGUCAUAAUAAUAACACAAAUGGGUCUUUCCCUGAGCUCAAAUCCAUUAAUGGGAAAAAACAAGGUCCAUUGUCUACGGUUGGGAACUCAACGAACAUAAAGUGGCAUGAGUGUCCUGUUGAGAAAGUUGAUCGACAAAGAUUGCUUGAUCAGAAAGGAUGUGUGAUUUGGGUCACCGGUCUUAGUGGUUCAGGGAAGAGUACUUUGGCUUGUGCUUUGAACCAAAUGUUGUACCAAAAGGGGAAGCUAUGUUAUAUUCUUGAUGGGGAUAAUGUUAGGCAUGGCUUAAACCGUGAUCUUAGCUUUAAAGCUGAGGAUCGUGCAGAGAACAUUCGUAGAGUCGGAGAGGUUGCUAAGCUCUUUGCGGAUACUGGAAUCAUAUGCAUUGCGAGUUUAAUAUCUCCUUACAGAACAGACAGGGACGCUUGUCGAAAGUUACUCCCCGAGGGAGAUUUUGUUGAGGUGUUCAUGGAUGUAUCGCUUGAAGUUUGCGAAGCGAGGGAUCCCAAGGGUCUUUACAAGCUAGCUCGUGCGGGAAAGAUUAAAGGUUUUACGGGGAUCGAUGACCCUUACGAGCCACCAUUGAACUGCGAGAUUUCUCUAGGACGCGAAGGAUCAGGAACUUCUCCGAUCGAAAUGGCUGAAGUAGUCGUUGGAUACUUAGAAAAGAAGGGUUAUCUUCAAGCAUAACAUACUUUACAUACACAACACUUUUGUUGUUCCACGGUCAUAGUUCUAUUUAACAAGCCAAAGUAUAAAAUUAAGCAAUUCCAUGGCUGUUUUUAUGGAAUCACGAGUUUGAAAAAUAAAUAUAAAUCUCAUUGCUCUUGUUUCCUUUUUUAUUUAUUUAUCUUUUUCUUGUUGUUGUAUUUUAAAUCUUCUUGUUAUGACUUUGUAUAUGAUAAAAAAUAUGAGUGAAAAUCAAGGUUAAGCCUUAAUUGAUGGUAA